CUCAGUUUCCCAUGAGCAUUAGCGGCCUUUCGGAGAAUCAGGAGAUCCAUCAUGGGAUCGUGUAGUACUACUUUUUAGCAGCGCUGUGUUUGGGGUUUUCGCUUAUUCAUUCUAGCACCAUGGCGGUGGAAAUUAUCUCACCCGACUGGGAGUUUGACCGUUUUGACGAUGGUUCACAAAAGAUACACACAGAGGUUCAACUGAAGAACUACAGGAAGUUUCUGGAGGAGUACACCUCUCAGCUGAAGGGUAUUGAAGAGGCUCUGGAUGAGUCCAUUGGAGAUGUAUGGGACUUUACUCUGGACCCCAUCGCCCUUAAGCUUCUUCCCUAUGAGCAGUCAUCCUUAUUAGAAUUAAUUAAAACUGACAAUAAGGUCCUGAACAAAGUUAUCACAGUUUAUGCUGCUCUCUGUAGUGAAGUUAAGAAGCUUAAAUAUGAGGCAGAAACCAAAUUCUACAAUGGCCUAUUGUACUAUGGAGAAGGAGUGUCUGAAACCAGUGUUGUUGAGGGAGAGUCCCAGAUUCAGAUGGGCAGAUUCGUCUCAUUCCUACAGGAGCUGUCCUGCUUUGUAUCCAGAUGUUAUGAAGUGGUGGUCAGUAUUGUGCAUCAGCUGGCAGCACUCUACAACAGCAACAAGGGUGCAACAAAAAUCAUAGAAUCCUCUGGUGUCCAUUUCCAGAUAGUAUACGAACACCUAGGAGAGUUGUUGGUGGUGCUGCUCACACUUGAUGAGAUUAUGGAAAAUCACAACACACUAAAAGACCACUGGAAGAUGUAUAAAAGGUUACUGAAAUCUGUGCACCAUAACCCUGGGAAAUUUUCCAUUCCUGAAGACAAGCUGAAACCUUUUGAGAAGCUCUUGCUCAAGCUGGAGGGGCAACUGCUGGAUGGCAUGAUACUCCAGGCCUGUGUCGAACAAAGAUUUGAUGAUCCUGGGGAGGGAGUAGCAGUUUCCAAAAACAGUGCCUUUGCUGAGGAGUUUGCCUUCAAUAUUCGCACCAUAUUUGCAAGUGUUGAAUCCAAAAUUGGCGAACCUUCAGAAAUUGACCAGAGAGACAAAUAUGCUGGUGUCUGUGGUCUCUUUGUGCUUCACUUUCACAUUUUCAGGAGUGUUGACAAAAAGCUUUACAAGGCGCUGCUCGAUGUCUGUAAAAAGGUUCCAGCAGUCACUCUGGUUGCAAACAUCAUCUGGUUUCCCGACACUUUCCUCACCAAUAAGGUCCCUGCUGCAGCUAAACUGAUGGAUAGGAAGAGUCUACAGGCCAUCAAAGCACAGAGAGACACAUACCUGCAACAAAGAGCGCAGACAUUAACAAAGGACAUUCAGUCCUACUAUCUGUUUGUAACUUCUUGGAUGAUGAAGAUGGAGUCCAUCUUGUACAAAGAACAAAAAAGUGAGAAGUUGCAAGAGGACCUUAACAGCAGGUGUAAUGUGUUUGUACAGGGUAUUCUGUAUGCUUACACCGUCAGUACCAUUAUCAAGACGACCAUGAACAUGUACGUGUCGAUGCAGCGGCCCAUGACCAAGACAUCGGUCAAAGCUCUCUGUCGACUAGUUGAGUUACUCAAGGCUGUGGAGCACACGUUUCACAGACGCUCUAUGGUUGUUGCUGACUCCGUUUCUCACAUCACUCAGCAGCUGCAGGCGCUGGCGCUCAGUGCCAUCAGCAUUGCCAAGAAAAGGGUGAUCUCUGACAAGAAGUACAGUGAGCAGCGGUUGGAUGUGCUGUCCUCUUUGGUGCUGGCAGAAAAUGCUUUGAGUGGUCCCAGCACAAAGGAGCGACGCCUUGUGGUGUCUCUGGCUCUCUGCGUCGGCACUCAGCUGGUAAGUCAGGAGGAGACUUCAUUUUAUACACAAACUGUCAAUAGAAAAUUGUACUUAGUAUGUUCUUUGUUCCUCAGGGUCAAGCUUCAGUGUGACUGCAGUUUCCUGUACUGGCACCGAGCUGUGUUUCCCAUCUAUCUAGAUGACGUAUAUGACAACGCCGUAGACGCAGCACGAAUACAUUACAUGUUCAGUGCACUAAGGGACAGUGUGCUGUCUAUGAUGCACUCCAAACACAUGGAGUCAUGUGACCAGCUGCUGGAGAGCUACGACAAGGAGAUCAUGGACGUGUUCAAGGAGCACCUGCUCGACAAGCUGUGUAAGGAGAUUGAGAAGGACCUGCGUCUCUCUGUUCACACGCACCUGAAGCUUGAUGACAGGAACCCUUUUAAAGUUGGCAUGAAGGAUCUGGCCCACUUCUUCUCCCUCAAGCCCAUUCGAUUCUUCAAUCGUUUCAUUCAUAUCAAAGCCUAUGUGACGCACUACCUGGACAAAACGUUCUACAACCUGACGACUGUCGCUCUGCAUGACUGGGCCACCUACAGUGAGAUGAGAAACCUUGCUACACAGCGCUAUGGACUCACAAUGACAGAGGCUCAUCUGCCCAGCCAGACACUAGAGCAGGGUUUGGAUGUUUUGGAGAUCAUGAGGAACAUUCAUGUUUUUGUCUCACGAUACCUUUAUAACCUCAACAACCAGAUCUUCAUUGAGAAGGCAAGCAACAACAAGCACUUGAACACCAUCAACAUCCGUCACAUCGCCAACUCCAUCCGAACACACGGUACAGGAAUCAUGAACACCACUGUGAAUUUCACCUACCAGUUUCUGCAAAAGAAGUUUUACAUCUUCAGUCAGUUUAUGUACGACGAACACAUCAAGUCCAGACUCAUCAAAGACAUACGUUUCUUCAGAGAAACAAAGGACCAGUCUGAUCAGAAGUAUCCGUUUGAGCGAGCAGAGAAGUUUAACCGUGGCAUCAGGAAACUGGGCAUCACUCCUGAUGGACAGAGCUACCUGGACCAGUUUAGACAGCUGAUCAGCCAGAUCGGUAACGCCAUGGGCUAUGUACGUAUGAUCCGUUCUGGAGGCCUUCAUUGUUGCAGCAGCGCAAUCAGAUUUGUCCCAGAUCUGGAGGAUAUAGUCAACUUUGAGGAGCUGGUGAAAGAAGAGGGACUGUCAGAGGAGACCCAAAAGGCUGCUGGCGUCCUGGACUCUGUUUUGGGAGAUCUGACCAGCAACUCUGCCGAGGGGACGGAGUACUUCAAGAUGCUGGUGGCCGUGUUUGCGCCUGAGUUUCGCAGUGCAAAGAACAUGCACCUGAGGAACUUCUACAUGAUUGUACCACCGCUGACGGUGAAUUUUGUGGAGCACUCCAUCAGCUGCAAAGAGAAACUCAACAAGAAAAACAAAUCUGGAGCUGCUUUUACAGACGACGGCUUUGCAAUGGGUGUGGCGUACAUUCUGAAGCUACUGGACCAGUAUCUAGAGUUUGACUCCUUGCACUGGUUCCAGUCUGUCAGAGACAAGUACAAGAAAGAGAUGAAUGCAGUGGUGAAAGAGCAGAGCGUUCAGUCUGCCAACCAGGAUGAAAAGUUGCUGCAAACCAUGAAUCUCACCCAGAAGAGGCUGGACGUGUACCUCCAGGAGUUUGAGCUUCUCUACUUCUCUUUAAGCAGCGCCCGGAUCUUCUUCAGAGCUGACAAGACAGCAGCUGAGGAAACUCAGGAGAAGAAAGAUAAAGAAAAUGCUGCCAAAGCAGGAAGCUCUGCAGAUAGUUCCACCCCCGCUGACCCUGCCUCGAAGUGAGCCUCGCUGUCAGAUCACUGUCACGUACUGAAGAGGAGAGCUCAGCAGCAGGCUGCGUUCGUGUGUCCAUUUCAGGGAUUUAAAAUAACUGGAAGAUGUUGAAAACGGUAGAAAGACAAUGACUUUAAAGCGCUUUGUGUUCUG